CUCGUACGAACCAUAGUCACCUUCAGAACCCUCACAUUCAAUCAUUUACGGCUCCAAACUCGAAAGCCAAUAUCCUCCACGCUCUGCAAACGCAUCCAGCCUUUUCCCAAUCUAAAUCAGUCAUAUAACCAUGUCACGAGGCGGUUUUCGUGGCCGAGGACGAGGAGGAGCUCGUGGUUUCCAGGGAUGGUCGAAUGGAAUGUGGGAACGAGAUGUUUCUGCAAUGGAACUAUUCCCUAAAACACACGUCCCACAACAGACAGACCCAACAGAAAACGAACGAUUAGCAGCAAAAUUCGCAACCGAUCUCGCCGUCCAAAUCAAAGAAGAAUCCGCAUUUUACAUCACCAUCAAAGCCACCGAGAAACAGCAACAAGAAGCCCUCCUCACCUCGACCACAGACGAAGACGGUAUCGAGCGAUAUUCAGAUAGAUACAAAGUCCACCUACAAAAUCGACCAGAACGACAAGUGUUGACGAGUUUACCACAACCGCAAAUUCUAGAUCCGACAUAUUUCCCGGCGGAGCUGCACUCGGCGUUUACGGGCGCGGGUGGAGCGAGGAAGAAGGUGAAGAAGUUGGAUAUGGAGACGUUCUUGGAUCAGACGCUGGCGCCUAUGAUGAGAUCGACGAAUGAUGAUGGGGAAGGGGAGGAUGAAGUCGAGGAGGAGGCGGAUGAUAUGGAAGAUGACUUUGGGGAUGAUGAUGACAAUGAUUACGGAGAGAACUACUUCGAUAACGGAGAAGAGUACGGCGAUGGACUUGAAGACGACGGAGGGGAGGAUUUCUUCUAGGCUGAUCAUGGAGAAUAUCCACGUCCAGGCGCGAUGUAGGGAUCUUCAUCAGGAUAUUGCCUCAUUUAGGCACCAUGGGUUUCGGAA